AUGACUUCCCCCGGAGUUAUUAACCCGCUUCCUCCGGAUGUGAUUGCCAAAAUCAAGUCCUCCACCUCAAUCAUUCAUCUCAGUGGCGUGGUGGACGAGUUAGUGAAAAACGCUUUGGAUGCAAGCGCACGAACGGUCCUCAUAUCCGUGGAUUUCAAACGUGGAAGCUGCAUCGUGGAAGACGAUGGUGAUGGUAUUCCUCAGGCUGAAUUCGAGGUAGACGGUGGGCUUGGAAAGGCACAUUAUACGUCGAAGUUUCAAAAGCCUGGCAUGUAUGGCCAUCGAGGUUUAUUUCUGGCUUCCUUGGCCUCCCUGGCUUUGCUAACUGUGACGUCUCGUCAUUCCCAACACAGCACCACGAACUCUGUCAUUUUCCAUCACUCAAGACCUGUUGCGCGGAUGACUCCUGCGCCAGCACAUCAGAAUCUCCGAGUUGGUGACCAUGGUACCUGUGUGACCGUCAAUGACCUAUUUGGGAAUAUGCCGGUGCGCGUCAAAAGUCGAGCUCUCGCAUUUCAGAAACCAGACGAGCUAGAGCGGGAGUGGGGACAACUGAGAUACCUAUUAGCAACUCUAAUGCUAGCCAAUCCUCAGCUCUGCAAGCUGAAGGUCACUGAUGUCGAGAGAGGGAAGCGCUUUUUCAUUCGGCUAGGAAAUGAUCAAUACGGGUUGAAUCAGGUUGAUCUUGGACGUAUUGGAUCAGUUCUAUCGCAGUCUGGACUAGUCACAUCUCCGGCCAUGAAUACAUGGCAUGCGUUAUCCGCCACAGUCCCGGAUCUCACAAUCAACGCCGCUAUCUCAACUGAGCCCACCCCUUCAAGAAAGCUUCAGUUCAUCGCGUUAGGUAACACACCAAUCUUGUCGCGCAAUGGCUCCAAUAUGCUAUUCAGCGAAGUCAACAGAAUGAUCUCUCUGUCGGACUUUGGUAGUACUGGGCAGUUAUCUCGUGCCGUCUCUCUUCCUCGUCCUUCGUCUGGGCUAGGUCGCUCCGAGACCGGCAUGAGUGGCAGGAGCUCAACAAAGCCCAUUAAUAAAUGGCCGAUGUUCUAUAUAAGAAUCGACACGACCUCAUCUCACAGCCUCUGUGAUGAUGUUGAUGACAUCGCCCCAGACUCCGAAAAGUCCCUUCAGCGUAUUAUCGACGUCCUUGGGGCAAUGAUCUGGGAAUUCCUCAAACAGCAAAACCUACGCCCUCGUGCUUCAAAACGACAAGCCCGUCCAUAUAACCGAGUGGAUCAGACUCAGAAUAGCGAUCAACAAAGUUUCGGGCGUUCUAUUAACCCCAGGCAAGAGAGCUCGACCACGAACGCCGAGGAGAGCUUUGGUGCUCGUGUCAAACUACCCACGUUCCAACGGUCGCAAGCUGUGAAUCCUGGUCAAAAUUUCAAUCAUUGGUCAAGGGUCAAAUCGGCCAAGGAUGUUUCAUUUCAGACAUCCUCUCAUGAAGCUUCUAGCGAUCUCAGGAUUAAUGAGGAUGAUAUCCAUGAUCAGCGACAAUUUCGGUCUCUUCCAGAACGUCCACGGAUUAAUACAAGCCCACAACGCCAUGCAAAUGAUUCAAUUCCAUCACAUCGUCUCCCCACUAACCCCGUGUCCCCUGUGAUAAUCCAUCGAGAUGCAGACUCAGAAAGGGUGGGGUAUCCGCUGUCUGAUGCGCUUCCUGAUCAACAUGUAACCUGGAGCGAUCCACAUACAAGAAAGUCCCAUUUAAUCAAUGCACGCACAGGCCAGACAAUCAAUCCUCAAUCAGUGUCUAUUGGGCCGAGGUUGGGAUCGGGAAGUCUAUUUGCCGCUCCGAAUGAACAGCCGCAGGGGAAAAGCGCACCUGCAGAGAAUGUCUGGGUCGAGAAUUUGCUGAAGUCAUGGGAUAAUCCCACUUUCAGUCGAACAGAAAGACGAGUGCCGAAUCUUGACAUUGGUGAGAGCUAUCCACACAAUAGUAUCAACAAUUUGCACAACUGUCUCCAGGAUAUUGGAUCUCUAGGCGGUGCGCGAGUCGCUAAAUUCCGAGGCAAGCUCCGUCGACAAGUUCUUGCAGAAGCAACCAUCAUCUCUCAGGUGGAUAGAAAGUUUAUUCUUGCGAAGAUGGAUAUCGCCACUCCUAAUGGCAAUUUUUUUGACCAAGACAACGUUCUUGUCUUGGUAGAUCAACAUGCAGCAGAUGAACGGUGUCGUGUUGAACAGCUUUUCCAGGAUAUGUUCCUUGCACCGACUGAUUCGCCUCAUGGGAAUACAGUCAGGACAACUAAUGUCGAUCCCAUUACGCUCUAUGUCUCAUCUACAGAGCAAGGGCUCUUUCGGAAAUACUUGGGAUUCUUCGGUCGUUGGGGUAUCCACUACAAAAUUAAACCAUCUCAAUCUGGAGGUGUGGUUUUGGUGACCUCACUCCCGAUUCUCAUCGCUGAGCGUUGCCGUCUUGAGUCCGAUUUGGUUAGUGACUUACUUCGUCGGGAAAUUUGGACGAGGGAGGAGGACGGUAGGAGAGCAGAAGCAUUAAAGACACCUUUUAAGAACUCUUUAUCCGAUUCAGACAUGUUUCCGCGUGAGGGUAACGCCGCCUUAGCAGAUGAUCCCGUCUUUCCUCAUUCAUGGGUACACAAGAUGAGUGGUUGUCCCCAGGGGAUCGUUGAUCUUCUCAACUCCCGUGCCUGCCGAACUGCUAUCAUGUUCAAUGACCCAUUAAGUAUUGAUGAGUGCAAGACAUUAGUCACGAGGCUGUCCCGAUGUGCUUUUCCAUUUCAAUGUGCCCACGGACGGCCAUCAAUGAUCCCUAUCCUCGAUCUACGAGCACAUUCCGAGCAUGAUAAUUCGGCUUCUGAGGCGAACAUCGUACCACAUGACUGCUUUGAACAUAAUGCUUUGGAUUUUUCGGCGGCUUUCAGACAUCGGUAUGGGAAAUAG